UUAGUAUUUGUAUCUGUAAAGCGGACUUUGAGCGGACACAUGCUCGCUGCGUUUUUACAAACAGGCGCAGCGGGGUAAAGUUCGUGCAAGUAAACCCAACUCAUCGCAUCGGUGCAGCCGAGUCUCAUCUAGCGCAGAAUUUACAAAAAAAAGGUUCAUAAAUUAAUACAAAAAAAUAAAUAAAUACACAGUCCCGGGAACGGAUUUCAGAAGGAUGGACGCAAAGGAGAAUUCGGGAUCCAAAGAGUAUAAAAUAGCCGGGCUGACGCCAGCCUCGUUAUUCAAGUCAGUGACGUCCGUGGGGUCGGAGCUGUCGAGGAGGGUGUGGGCCGCCCCCGCACCCCCACAGAGACCCUUCCGAGUGUGCACCCACGAUCGCAGGGUCAAGAAGGGGGUGACCGCUGGGACACUGCAGGAGCAGGAGCUCAUCGAUAAGGCGAUGGACGCUCUGCUCCUGUCCACGCUGGUCUCAGUGGUUCUGGAGUCAGAUGGCACGGAGGUGGACAGUGACGAGUUCUUUCAGUUGCUGGACGACGACUCGACUUUCAUGAUGCUGCAGCCGGGACAGUACUGGAGAGGGAGCGGGGGGAGGGGCGUUCUCUCCUACUCUCUGAAUCAGAAGCCUCGCCACGCCAAGGACAUCGCCCGUGUAACCUUUGACCUCUACAAGCUGAACCCUCGCGACCUCUUCGGCAGCCUCAAUGUGAAGGCCACCUUCUACGGACUCUACUCCAUGAGCCUGGACUUCAGGUGUCUGGGACCCAAGAAAGUGAUGAGGGAGCUCCUCCGUCUCUCCUCCACUCUCCUCUUCGCUCUGGGGAAGAUCCUCCUCUCCUCAGCCUCCUUAAUCCGAAACACCAUUGAGGGAGCCGACCACUGGCAGCGCCCCGCGAGGGAGGCAGAGUGCUGGGACUGAGAGCAGCGGGACUGGGAGGGGCUUGGAGGGACUGGGAGGGGCUUAAUGUGAAUUUGGGAGGGGCUAAAAUUGACAUUAGAGGGAGUAAUAGGCAGAGGGAGGGGCUACAGUGAACUUGGGAGGGACUUAUAACGGACUAGGAGGGGCUAAAUGACAAUAGAAUACAAAUCAAAACACAAGCCUGGUACCUUCAAGAAAAACAUUGUGACAUUCCAAAAGAGAGCAAGAGAGAGAGAGGGGAGGAGAGGAGAGAGGGGAGAUGAGAGAGGGGGAGAGGAGAGAGGGAGAGAGGGAAGGAGAGACACCCGACGCACCACAGAUUUAUUUACAGAGUAAAUGAUCAAUGUGUAAAUUACACUGUCUGAUAAUAUAACACACUUUGUCAUAAUUACAUGUAAACAGAAAAAUCCAUGCAAAAUUAUUUUAUCUAGUAAAAGUUCUGUGUUGAUUUAGCGCAUCAAAGAAAAAAAGUUUAAUAAUAUAUAUAAUUCUGACAGCAUUGCAGCAGAUUGUGACAUCAUUAACUACGUAGUGAAUGACAUCACAAACGCAACGUUCCAUUUCAGCUGAACCUUUCUGCUUUGUAAUAGAUUUUACAAAUAAAAAACACAGCUCAGA